UCUCCUUCGCUCGAUCCCCCACCUCCCCACUCGCGCUCGCGAUAGGGUUACAGGGCCGCCGCCGCCGCGCCGACCGACAGCCCGCCCCGGCCGCUCCCCCGUCCCGCCCGCUCCCCCGUCCCGCCCGCUCACCUUAAGCCGCUGGCCUCAACGCCCGACGCCGCCUCGCCGGAGUUCGCUCGGGCCGUCGCCUAAGGGUUCAAAGCUAUGGUUGCAGAUGAAAAACUGCCAGCUUCUGGAGAUGCUAACAACUCAGAGCAGCAGCUUCAUGAUACUGACACAAAAUCACGUGUGGAGGAUAUGUGGAAGAAAAUGAACAGCGGUUUGCCUGCGAAGAUGCCCAAACCUGCAAUGAUUAAACUCAAAACAGUAGCAAAAGAAAAGAAAACUAAGGCGACAAAUAAUUGGAUGACCAUUCUUGGCCUUCCACCAAAAAAGGCUUCUGCAAAUGAUCAAGUCCCACCAAAUGAGCAACAACAGGCACAACACAAAACAAGUGAGGAUACCAAAAAACUUGCGGCAAAUGCUCUUGCAGCUGUUAGAGAUGCCGCCACUGCUGCAUCUGGAAGAGGGAAAGUGGAGAUAACCGAGGUAAGGGACUUUGCUGGCAAGGAUAUUGAGAUCAAGAAACUUGUAGAUGCGGAUUCAAAGGAAGCGGUUGAGAAGGCCAGUGCAGCGGGUGCCUCGCCGUCCGCUGUGGACAACAUCCUGGAGCAGAUAAGGAAGAAGCAGAAGCUGAGCGUCCUGGACAAGACGAAGAAAGACUGGGGAGAGUACAAGGCAGAGAAGGGCGUGGAGGAGGAGCUGGGGGCGUACAAGAAGAGCUCGAACCAGUACCUUGAUAGGCAGUCCUUCUUGAAGAGAGCCGAUUACAGGGAGUACGAGCUCGAGCGAGACGCGCGGUUGUCGUUGAUGGCGAAGCGGAAGAGCGAGAGUAUGCAGGACGAUGAUGUCUAGGCUUUGAUGAAAAUUGCGACCAUGUUGGCUGCACUUUGCCUUUUGUUGGACUCGGUGGAGAUUCUUUUGAGGUAAUGGUAAAGACGUUAUUUCAUCGUUGCCUUGUCCUCUUAUUGUACAAUCAGCUGGUCAAUGUGAGAUCUUUAAGAAAUUUGAUACACUGCGAUUCCUUUUUC